UUAUCAUUCAGUAUGGAAGAAUAUGAGUUCUUCGGAGAGAAAACAUUCCAGCAUCAUUGUGCAGAAUUCAUUAAACAUUCACAGCAGAUAGGCGAUGGUUGGGAAUGGAGAACUUCAAAGGGUUCUGUAAGGCCUCCAGGAUAUUUUCUCCCAAGAAGUUUGAGAUGGGAAUCUAUUGCAGCAAUGUGAUCGCUUGGAGACGUAUAUUCUAAGGACUGUUCUGAUGGCUACAUGUGCAAAAUGCAUUUUCAAAUGAAAACUGGGACUGUGUCAUCCCAUCCAGGACACGCCCAUGUACAGACAUAUCUUCCUACGGAGGAUGCCUCAGAGCUACCACUGGAGGAUUUUGAAGCAACUGAGAUGGCAGUGGGAACUGAAGUGAUUAAAUACGAGUAUCAUGUCUUAUAUUCAUACAGCUACCAAGUGCCCGUACUUUACUUUAGGGCAAGCUUUUUAGAUGGAAGACCUUUAACUCUGAAGGACAUAUGGGAAGGAGUCCAUGAAUGCUAUAAGACACGGCUGCUGCAGGGACCAUGGGACACUAUUACCCAGCAGGAGCAUCCAGUACUUGGGCAACCCUUUUUUGUACUUCAUCCCUGCAAGACAGAUGAAUUCAUGACUCCUAUGUUAAAGAAUUCUCAAAAAAUCAAUAGGAGGUUCAACUACAUCACAUCAUGGCUAAGCAUUGUAGGACCAGUUGUUGGACUUAAUCUACCUCUGAGUUAUGCCAAAGCAGCCUCUCAGGAUGAAAGAAGUGUCUAUCGAUAAGAACAUCACCAACUGGAGUGUUUCAAUGUUUCUAUAUAUACUUAUACAGAAGAUGUAUUAAUCAUAUUAUAUUACUGCUCUACCCUUCAGAAGGCAUAAAAUAAAAACUCUUAAUAAAUACCCAGCAAAAUGUAUGCCUUACUUGGCUAACUAGCUACCUGUAAGGCAGUGUUUCUUGCUUUGCAAUGGAGUGGAUCACCUAUAGGAAGAGUUUAAUUUAAGCACAGACUAUUCUGAUUUCAGCUGUGCCAAUUACUUGGACAAAUUCUUUCAAAAUUACUUAAGUGCUACCUUUUCUGGACCUCUAACUUAUGAAGUCGGUGACUUGUAACUUAAUAAGAUAAGAUCAGUAGCAUGUGAAUUCCCUCAAUUCCUGGCAGUGGGAAAAGCAAGGGGAUAGCUACUUUUACAUAAAGACUGCCUGACACCUGUCAAAAAUAAGGAUUUCUCUUGAAAUACACAAAGAUUGUCUCCUAGAUCAGGAGUAUUUGAACUGGAUUUGGGAACCACAGGACUAAGUAAUCUCCAGAUUCUGCUCUAACAGUUUCUGAUUCAUUUGGGCUUUGCUAGGCAAAUAUAAAAGGUAGCACAAAUUAACUACCCAGUCACAAUAUUUCAAAACGUUUUAAUUCAUUAAUAAUUUGAGACCCAACAAAUUGUUGCAAAAAUAGUAUAGUUUAUGUAUGCCAGCUUUCCCAAAUGAUAACAUCUUUGAUACCCAGAGUAUUAUUUUCAAAACCAGGAAACUGAUACUGGUACAACACUGUUAAUUAUAUAGAUCUUACUUGUGUUUACCAAUUUUUAUAUACAAUUUUUUUAGUAUAUAGUACUAGGAAAUUCCAUCACAAGUACUGAUAUAUUUAAACACCACCACAGUCAGGACACAGAACUCUUCAUCAACACAGAGACUCUCUGAGAUACUAGUCGGAGUCAGGACACAGAACUCUUCAUCAACACAGAGACUCUCUGAGAUACUACCUCCAUCCUUAAUCCCUGGCAACCCCGGAUCUCUUCUCCAUGGCGAUAAUUUUGUCAUUUCAAGAGUUUUAUAUAGAUGAAAUGAUACAGGACAUAUGUAGUCUUUUGAGAUUGACUUUUUGUACUUCCUAUAAUACCACUGAGAUCCUCAGAAGUUGUUGCAUGUAACACUAGUUUCUUUUAUGACUGAGCAGUUCAUUUAUGGAUGUAACCAGUUUAUCUGUCCGUCUCCUGAAGGACAUUCGGAUUGUUUCUGGGUCUUGGUUAUCACGAAGCUGAAUGUGAGUGUAUAGGAUUUUGUGUAGGCAGACAUUUCAAUUCUGUAUAACCACCCCUAAGUGCAAUUGCUGGAUCUUAUUGUAGGUACGUUUAACCUUACAAAAAACUGGAGUAACUGUAUCACUUCAUAUUUACACCAACAAUGUAUGAUAUCCAGUUUCUGUAAUCUCAUCGAUAUUUGGUAUUAUAUUUUUGAUUUUAGCCAUUCUGGUAGGCGUAUAGUGGUACUUCCUUAUGAUUAUUUGUAUUUUAAUUGCUAAUGAUGAUCAUCUUUUCAUAUGCUUGUCAUCUUUGUGAUUUAUUCAUUCACCCAUUUUAAAUAGGGUUUUUUUACUUUUGAGAUUAAAGAGUACUUUAUAUAUAUUUUGAAUGCAAUCUUCUACUGGAUUAUGUCAUUUUCAAGUAUUUUCUCCCUCUCUGUGGUUUAUCUCAUCCUCUCAACAAAAUCUUUCACAGAGCACAAGUUUUUAAUUUUAGUUGUCCAAUUUAUCCAUUUUAUCUUUUUGUGGAAUGUGCUUUCGGUGUAAUGUCUAAAAACUCUUCACCAAAUCCUGUCAUGAAGAUAUUCUAUGUUUUCUUCUACAAGUUUUAUAUCUUUACAUUCUACAUUCAGAUAUAGGUUCCAUUUUGAAUUAAAUUUUGCAUAAUGUGAUUAAGGUUAAAGUCCGUUUUGGGUUUUCUUUGCAACAGGAAGUCCACUUUAUUGAAAAGGCUAUCCAUCCUCCACUGAAUUGCUUUUGUAUCUCUCGAAGAGCAGUUGGUCGUAACUGUACAGGUCUAUUUGUGGACUCUAUUUUAUUGACCUGUGUGUCUCCUCCAGUACCCCCA